AUGAAGUUCACGUCCGCUCUCGUUCCUCUUGCCGCUGUCUUUGUUGUCUCUGUCACAUCAGCUUCUGUCAAAAGGGACGUGGACCCAAACCUGGUCCCUGACCUCGGAUUUCAUGCCGGGGUGAACCCUACCGGGACUGGGGACUGUGAUGGUGCCGUCAACGGACGUGACGGCAGGCCCAUAAAAAUCCCCUGCGCGUGCCCUCCAGACCGCAACACUUUCUUGCAGGCUUUGAAUGCGAACGUCGCUGCCGGACAUGCAAUCAACAAUCCCCCUAUUGCCGUCACGUUCCCGACGGAUAACUCUAAAGCUUCAAAGAACACGCGUAUCAUCGCUUCUCUCAUCACGCUGCAGAACCUUCACGGCCCCGGCCAAGGUUGUCCUGCGGUAUCAACGACCCUUCUUGCCCAGCAAGCUGCCAUCAACGCAGCGCCCGGAAAGCGUACAAGUUCUGCGGAUAUUUCACGACUUGCGCCUGAUCUUGGCUUCCACUCCGGUACGGGAGACUGCGACGGCGCUGUGAACGGUCCCAAUGGCCAACCCAUUAAGAUUCCUUGCGCAUGCCCGCCCGAUCGUGCGACCUUCCUCCAGCACCUGACAGCUGAUGUUACUGCCGGCCACGCCGUCAACAACCCUCCGAUAGCAGUCAUCUUCCCCACUGACAACUCUGUCCCCUCCCAACUCGCUCGCAUCAACACCGCUCUCAUCACGUUGCAGAAUUUGAACGGACCAGGGAAGGGCUGUCCUGCCGUUUCUACCACACUCCUGGCGCAGCGACAGGCUCUCCAAGGUUAA